AUUCAUCUCAAGAGCCACUAAAUAAAUCAUAUUGUUUUGUAAUCUGUGUUUCAUCAUAGUUUCUCACACACAAACAAAAAUAAAAUGGCAAGGCAUUAUUCCUCCUUCCCCUUGGCCCUAAUCCUUUUAUUCACUUGUUAUUGUCUCUCCGCCGCCGCGGCGGAGUACUGGUCGUCUUCUUCUUCCGAUCCUGAUUCUUACACCGCCUACGUCGAGUCCAAUUGCAACCACACCCCUUGUACAAACUUGUGUCGCCAGACUCUGAAUCCUUAUGCCAGAAAAAUUAACCUGAGCCCACGGCGGAUAGCUGUGUUCGCGAUGACCGCCGUCCACGGAGAGGCCCGGUCAACCGCGGACGCCAUCGUGCGCACGCUAAAAAGAGAAAUCAAGAGUGGGAAGUCGAGUGAAACGGAGGUGCGUGCGAUUUCGGACUGCAGUGAGGUAAUGUCCGACUUCCACGAUAGUCUGGGACCGUCCAUGCGUCAGCUCGCGGAGGCCAACUCGGGCGACCGCGAACACUUCUCGGGGCACGUAAGAUACGUUACGAAGGAGCUUAACACCGCAGCGGGCCACACGGACAAUUGCGUCAAAGGGCUAAGUCAGCUUAGUGGGUUCUCGAGGACAAAGAUCAUUGGAGAUAGAGUUGUGAGAGUGUCUAAGCUCACUAAGAUUGCACUUGCAUUGGUUAAUAAGUUCAGUGAGGGAGUUCAAAAGAAAUGGAAAGUCAAGGAACAGAAACUCUACUACUACGACGAAAACAACUUGCCUUGAUGAUUAUAUAUAUGGGUUUUUUCUUCUUCUUAUAUACUAUAUGUAUUAUGUGUCUUAACUAAUUAAUGUGAGUGUUGUUA